AUGGGUCGUGUCAUUCGCGCUCAGCGUAAGAGCGGCGGUAUCUUCAAGUCGCACACUGCGCACCGCACCGCUCCGGCCAAGCUCAGGCCGCUGGACUUUGCAGAGAGGAACGGAUACAUUCGUGGUGUCAUCCGGGAGAUUGUCCACGAUGCUGGUCGUGGUGCGCCCCUCGCCAAGGUGACCUUCCGUGACCCGUACCGCUACAAGCUCCGCACUGAGCACUUCAUCGCAACCGAGGGCAUGUCUACCGGCCAGUUUGUCUACUGCGGCAAGCGUGCCGGUCUCACUGUUGGCAACGUUCUCCCGAUCUCAGCCUGCCCUGAGGGUACCAUCAUCUGCAACGUGGAGGAGAAGCCAGGUGACCGCGGUGCGCUAGCCCGUACCUCUGGCAACUACGCGACUGUCAUCGGCCACGACGCUGACGGCAUCAACUCGCGUAUCCGUCUCCCAUCGGGCUCCAAGAAGUCCGUCCCAUCUUCUGCACGUGCCACAAUUGGCAUUGUCGCUGGCGGCGGACGUAUCGACAAGCCUUUGCUCAAGGCUGGCCGCGCUUACCACAAGUACCGCGUCAAGAGGAACUCGUGGCCUCGUACUCGUGGUGUUGCUAUGAACCCGGUGGACCACCCGCACGGAGGAGGAAACCACCAACACAUUGGUCACGCUUCCACCAUCUCGCGGGGUGCCCCUGCCGGUCAAAAGGCUGGUCUCAUCGCAGCUCGUCGCACUGGUCUCAUCCGUGGUACGCUCGCGGUCAAGGACUAAGCGUAACGCUAGCGAUAAGCCAAACCUACGCGCACACAUUCCAUGUACUAUUUCCAUGUUCCCCAUGGCAUUUGCUUCUCACCCGCCACUGGUUUGGCUGCGCUCUGUCAGCAAAGCGUGCUUGGCAGUUGUCAAUUGCCCAGAUGGAUGGAUGCGCUACAGCACAACCCAGGUGGCCAUGCCGGCCACUGACCUCCUCGGCACGAGGGUAACUUCGUUUUCGUGUCUAGAUGUGCGUGCAUGCUCCUCAGAUACCGUUGGCAUUGUAGCAAACGGCGGCUGAUCCAGGAGAACGGACCGCAAGGAGUACACCUGGCGUUUUUGUUAGCCAUUCGAGG